AUGUUUGCAAACCUUCAGCCUUCCGACACCAAUUGCCUGAGCUUAUUCAACUCCACGAAGACUAAACCUCCAAAUUUGGGUCUUGCAGUCGCUCCACCCAUCAACAAAUCCAACCACGCCGCCGUCAAACACAAGCAGCAGCGCAAACACGUCCUCCACUGCCCCAAUGGAGGGAACAAAAACGGCCUUCUCGCUGGCCCUCUUCGAAUAACUGGGGAAAAAAUCGAGCUUCGCGGCACUUCCAGACCUCGAGAUGGCACCUUCAAUGGCGGAAAUGCGGUCAUCCAGAAAGAAAACGUGGACAGAGACUGUUUAUCCGAAACCCUAGGCUACAGAGAAGUGAAGCCAAAUGGAUGUUUGCAACAAAUUGGGGCCGGAGAUCAGUAUUACGGCAAAAAUAAGAGUAUGCACACCAAGUGCUCGACAAAAUGGGCAGCCUACGGUGGUUGUGUUCCGGCUAUGCUGGAGGCAGUAGCGACCAUUAGAGACCUGGACGCAGCCUUGAAGCCAUGGGAGACCACCUUAACGAACAAAGAACGGAGCAUACUGUUGAAGGAGCAGCCCAAGUGGGAAAGGGCUGUGGAGAUUUUCGAGUGGUUCAGGAGGAAAUCGUGCUACGAGGUGAACGUGAUUCACUACAACAUCAUGUUUAAGAUUCUAGGGAUGGCCCAGCGUUGGCCAGAGCUCGAGCGGCUGUGGGGCGAUAUGUGGAAGAGAGGAAUUAAGCCAGUGAACUCGACGUACGGGACUUUGAUCGAUGUGUACAGUAAAGGGGGGCUGAGGGAGAAAGCUAUAACGUGGUUGGAGUUGAUGAGUGAAGAAAAUCUUGACCCGGAUGAGGUCACUGUUGGGGCUGUGGUCCAGAUGUAUAAAAAGGCAGGGGAUUUUAAGACAGCCGAGGAUUUUUUCAAAAAAUGGUCGUGUAGCAAACAUGAGACUGCUAUGUCAAGGAGUGCGUACACGUAUAAUACCCUGAUCGACACGUAUGGUAAAGCCGGCAAGCUUCAAGAGGCGGACCAGACUUUUGGAAAGAUGCUUAGAAUAGGUAUAAUGCCGACUACUGUGACGUUUAAUACUAUGAUGCACAUGUACGGUAAUAAUGGGCAGCUGGAUAAAGUUGAUUUGGUGAUGCAAAGGAUGAAGGAGGUUAAUUGCUUGCCAGAUACACGAACGUACAAUAUUCUCAUAUUCCUGCACGCUAAACACAAUAAUAUAGAGUUGGCAGCAGGGUACUUGAACAAGAUGAAGGAAGCUUCACUUGAACCGGAUUCCGUGAGUUACCGAACUCUUGUGUAUGCCUUCUCAAGAAGGCGUAUGGUUGCUGAAGCUGAGAAGUUGGUUUUCGAGAUGGACGAGUGGAACUUGGAGAUUGACGAAUUUACUCAGUCGUCUUUGACUAGAAUGUACAUUGAAGCUGGUUUGCCGGAAAAGGCGUGGUCUUGGUUUGAGAGAUUUCAUCUUGGAGGGAAAAUGACGCCCGAGUGCUACUCAGCAAACAUUGAUGCUUUUGGGGAGAGAGGAUAUAUUUCACACGCGGAGAGAGUUUUUGACUGUUGCCGACAAGUUAAGAAAUUGACCAUUCUGGAAUUUAACGUUAUGGUCAAGGCUUACGGCAUCAGCAAGAAAUUUGAGCAGGCAUGCAGCUUAUUUGAUAGUGUGGAGAAAAAUGGUUUGGUCCCCGAUAGAUGUGGAUAUAAUUCACUUGUUCAAAUGUUAGCCAGCGCAGAUUUGCCAGAAAAGGCAGUAUUUUAUCUUAGGAAAAUGCAGGAGGUUGGGUUGGUGAAUGACGACUGCAGUCUUUACUGUGCUGUUAUUUCCAGCUACGUGAAAUUGGGUUGGGUGGAUAUCGCGGUUAAGCUAUAUGAGGAGAUGAUAGGUUAUGGGGUAAAGCCAGAUGUCAUUGUAUUUGGUGUGCUCAUAAAUGCUUUUGCUGAAACCGGAAGUGUAAACGAUGCAAAAAAUUAUGUUAAUACCAUGAGAGAACUGGGCUUGCCCAUGAAUUCCGUCCUAUGCAAGUCGUUAAUCAAGCUCUAUACGAAAGUGGGAUAUUUGAAAGAAGCCCAAGAAUUAUAUAAGAUGCUUCAGUCGUUUGAACCGGGUCUCGAUUUGUACUCUUCGAAUUGUAUGAUCGAUUUGUACAGCGAGCGGUCGAUGGUGUCGGAAGCCGAAUUGAUUUUUGAGAAUCUUAAGAAAAAUGGGUACGCGAAUGAGUUCGCGCAUGCCAUGAUGCUUUCCAUGUACAAGAGGAACGGGAGGUUUGUGGAGGCCUUUCGGAUAGCGAGAAGUAUGAGAGAGUUAGGACUUAUGAAGGAUUUGUUGAGCUAUAAUCUUGUGCUCGGGCUAUAUGCAUCCGAUGCUAGGUAUAAAGAGGCAGUAGCCACUUUUGGCGAGAUGCUUAAAUCCAAUAUCGGGCCUGAUGACUCCACUUUUAAAUCACUCAGGAAUAUUCUUCUGAAAUGUGGAGUUUCGAAGAAUGCCAUUGACAAGCUUGAAGUGAAGAGGAAGAAAGAUGGUGAAAGUGGUGUGCGAGCAUGGGCCUCGACUCUUGCAUCUGUCAUCGAUAAGAAAUGA